AUGUUUGAUGUGUCACCGCGUAACCCCUUUAAAUAUCAGGGACGAGUGAAUCUUCCCCCAUUUAGUGAGUGCUUGCAAUCUCUUGGCAGUCCUGAAAGCUUCAGAGGGUUUGGUGAAUCUUUAUCUGCCGCGAGUCCUGUUUCCCGACUGCGUGCGGAUACUUCCAAAGAGAUAAACUCUUCUAAAGGCGAAUGUGUGGACUACUCAUAUCUAACUAUGGAAAUAUCUGAAAUGACAUCUCCAGGCACUCCUCCUCCUCAAGUGGAGCGGUAUUACCAGUGCUGUGCAACAACCAUAUCGGAGUCCUCUCGACGUGGGGAAGGAGAGGAAGAGGACGACACAAGCGGUGAGAUAACUGUUACACCAACUCAUCUUCCACCGUUGUUUCCCAACGUUUCACCGAUUGAACGGAGUCGCUCUGCGAAUGCAGGGGUAUCGGUACCUCGUACAGAACCACAAGAGGUUCAUGAAGUAAGAGUUGUAGGCGGAAAGGCGUGUUCUGUCGAUUUGAAAGUGGCUGAUACGCCAGGGGCGGCUGCUUCUGUGGAGUGGUGCGACCACCCUUUCAGCUGCUCUUCAUCGCCUUGUUUAGAUUAUAUUCCUUCCUAUGAGGAUCUGCUGCUAGAGGAUUGUGGAGCUUUUGGAACAUGGUACCAGAUACAGCAAAGGGCAGAUAAUAUCAUUCCACCUCUGAGUGAAUCAAUAGACGUUAGCUGGUUCGCGGAGUUAUCAAAUCGUUAUGGCGACUUUGCGUACCACCGCCCUCAUCUUACGCGAGCAACGACCUACAGGAGAUAUGGGAAGUACUAA